AUGAGCAGGGCACUUUUCCGCUUCGUGCCUGAGCUGCGAGUGCUCCCGAAGCGCAUCGCAACACCAUCGCUAUCGUUAGCCUCCAGAGCAUUCAAUUCCACAGCGCCCAUCGUGGAGCCCAUUCCCGAACGUCACGCAAAGAAUGCCGCCAAUCCCACGGUCAACGAGCCUCGUCCCAUGGCCUUUAAGAAGAGCCAUCCUGCGCCUCCGCCAAAGCCUGUCGAUGAUGCCACAUUUAAAGACGCUCUUACGCUGCUUGCUGCCCAGCCUGGCCACUACAUCACCGUCCAUAUCCACGGUUUCCCCUACCUUGUUCAAGAGGGCGACCAGAUUCGCCUCCCCUUCAAGAUGCCUGGCGUCAUGCCUGGCGAUAUCCUCCGUCUCAACCGUGCCAGCGUGCUCGGUAGCCGCGAUUAUACCGUCAAGGGUGCUCCUCAUAUCGACGAGCAGCACUUUGAGUGCCGCGCCACAGUAAUUGGCACCGAAUCAGAGCCUAUGCGCAUCAAGAUCAAGAAGAAGAGAAGACAACGCCGCAUGAGACAAGCAAAGAGCAAGCAUCAAUACACAAUCCUUCGCAUUUCCGACUUAUCAAUCAACACACCCGACAUUGAGAUGACAGUAUAG